AUGAGUCCCCACGCGGAAAUGUCGUCGACCACAUCCGAAGGACCGGCCCCAGCCGUGCAACGAGCGUUCAAUGGUAUCUUGAGCGAGAACUUUGAAGAGAGCCAGCUUCCCACAUUUGAGAACCGAUCACACCUCCGAUACACCCCAGAAGAUGAAUUACACGACCUGAUCUGUGUCGGUUUUGGACCAGCUUCACUAGCUAUUGGCGUAGCCCUGCAUGAUGCUUUGGAUGGAACAGACCCUUCCCUUGUAGAUGUUCCAGGUCUGCAGAGCAGAUCACCAAAAGUCGCUUUUCUCGAGAAGCAGUCGCAAUUCGCAUGGCACGCUGGUAUGCUCCUACCAGGAGCCAAGAUGCAGAUUACUUUCAUGAAAGACAUGGCUACCAUGCGCAACCCGAGGAGCGAAUUCACCUUCAUUAACUACCUGCAUCAGAAGGAUCGUUUGGUGGAGUUUGCCAAUCUCAACACCUUCCUACCAGCUCGUGUAGAGUACGAGGACUAUAUGAAGUGGUGCGCUAGCUGGUUUGAGGACGUUGUAGCGUAUAGCCAGGAAGUCGUCAAGAUCAUGCCAGAGAAGUCACCAAAUGGCGAGAUUACUACAUUCACCGUGGUUUCGCGUAACCAUUUGACAGGCCGCACCGAGUCGCGGAGAACCAAACACGUAGUUGUCGCUGCGGGUGGAAGGCCCAACAUCCCCGCGCCGUUCCCCACGAACCACCCCAGAGUGAUCCACUCGUCGAAGUUCUCGUUCAUGUCAAAAGAGCUCCUGAAAGACCACAACGCACCGUACAGCGUAGCAGUGAUUGGCAACGGCCAGAGUGCCGCUGAAAUCUUCGACUUCCUACACGCAAACUAUCCGAACGCACGAACACGAAUGCUGAUCAAGGGAGGAGCGCUGCGACCAAGUGACGACUCGCCGUUUGUCAACGAGAUCUUCAACCCUUCGCGAACAGACUGCACAUUCAACCGCGCGCCCAAGCUCCGGGCAACUACGCUCAUCGAAGACAAGGGCACCAACUACGGCGUCGUUCGCCUCCCUCUCCUCGAGCACAUCUACGAAACGCUCUACCUACAACGCAUUCGUCAUGGCAACUCGGCUGCCGAGGAAGAGAACUGGCCGCACCGUAUAAUGCCAUACCGUCGCGUCAUUGACGUGACUGACUCGCCGGUUCGGCAGGGUGGUGUGCGUUUGCAGGUACAAGACACUAGCCCCUUGUAUUUCUCCGAGUGUGCGGGUGGGCAAGAAAGGCAGGAGACGCUGGACGUCGAUGCCGUCUUUGUAGCAACAGGCUAUUACAGAGACCUACACGAGACGCUGCUCAAGGAUGCGCGACACUUGAUGCCCGGCGGAGAGCUCGAGGGCGCCAAGUGGCAGGUUCAAAGGGACUACAAGAUCAACUUCACAGAGAAGAGCGUUGGCGAAGAUGCUGGUGUCUGGUUGCAAGGCUGCUGUGAAACGACGCAUGGUCUGAGCGACACGCUUCUUUCGGUGCUUGCGACAAGGGGAGGUGAGAUGGUGAGGAGCAUCUUUGAGAAGCCAGCCAAGUGGGACAAUGGCGAUGUCCUGGGAGGGUACGAGAUGCGCGAGUGA